AUGGUGGAUUGUAAGCCAAUCUCAACUCCUUUUUUGGUAGGAUCUCAUCUCACUAAUUCUGGUACUUCCUAUUCAGAUGCUACACAGUUUCGUUUUCUAGCAGGUGCCUUGCAAUAUUUGACUCUUACGAGACUAGGUUUAUCCUACAGUGUUAACUCUAUAUGUCAAUAUAUGCAUGCUCCCACCAUUAAUAAAGCCUUGAAGCGUAUUCUACGCUAUGUCAAAGAAACCUACCAUUAUAGCCUUCAACUUUCACGAGAUUCCUCUCAGACUUUGAUCGACUACUCUGAUGUUGAUUGGGUAGGCUAUCCCAACACUCGUCGUUCAACAACCGGAUUUGCUGUUUAUCUUGGUCGCGACUUAAUUUCAUGGUGCUCUAAAAGGCAAACUACUGUUGCCCGUUCUAGUGCGGAGGCUAAGUAUUGUGCUCUUGCCUCCCUUGCUGUGGAACUCUCUUGGACACUUCAACUUCUCUGA